AUGGAUGCAACAGAGAAAACAGAUAUGCCGGAAUUGACGGCUAGCAUAACGGAUCUAGAGAAGCAAGAGCUUCAGUAUGAGGUCGAACUGGAUGAAGCAGACGAAACCAGUGACAAUACAAAACUCAUCUUUUCCCAAGAUAAAAAGAAGAAACAACCACGAAAACGCCCUUGGACUCCAAUCACGUGGCACAUAACAAUGGCAUUGUUGGUUAUAUACAUCAUUUCCCUUCUAGUGUUCAUCAAGUUCGUGUAUCCAACGAUGUUUUUGGGUCCCGUUAAAGAAACUGUCAGUGCAGGUCACGUGACGCUCUUUGAGAAUCUUGGAAUGGCAACGCUAGAUGAUACAAGCAUGAGCGGGUCUCUAAUAUGA